AUGGUAUAUUGUGGAAAGCCAAGUGCGGCCUGUGAGCGAUGUCGCACCCGUCGUUUGAAGUGUGAUCAAGGAUCACCAUCUUGCACUCAAUGCAUGAGGGCCCAGGUUGAAUGCCCGGGAUAUCGAGAUCCAUUGGACUGGAGCUUUCGAGACCAAAGCGAGGACGUGAUCCGUAAGUCUCAGCGGACCGCACGCAAAAGGCGCACCGUACCUUCUUCCACUGCUAGCGCCAACACAUCCUCCAACACAUCUUCCAGUGGCGCUCAGAAUAUACUUCCGCCCCCAACAAACAGCCUAGUGUACCCAGAACGGGAACUAGCUAAGACCCAUGUCUUUGUGAACUAUAUGUCGGGUGGUCCCAGAGGGGGCCACAUGUCUUAUCUGCUACCUCUUUUGGCCAAAGAUCCUCGGAACUGCGUGAAUGCCGCUCUUUCUGCCGUUGGAUUGGCCGCAUUAUCCAAUAUUCGCCUUUCUCCGCGAAUGUUACUCAAAGCGCGUCAAGAAUACACUACCGCUUUGAGUGAAACAAAUCAGGCCCUGCAGGACCCUGUCUUGUCUAAGAGAGAUGACACACUGGCUGCAGUUGUGCUACUGGGCAUGUUCGAGGUUAUGACUUGCAGCGAUGACUCCUUUAUAGCCCGUUGGAUCAAGCAUAUGGAAGGAGCUAGUCAGUUGAUUGAGUUUCGAGGCCCAGAGCAAUUGAAUCGACAAGAAGGGUUAGAUUUGUUUACCAAUCUACGAGCACAAAUUAGCAUCAGCAAAAUAUACCAGGAAAAGUACAGCUCUUCUACAAUGACGCAACUCACGGAAGACGCAAAGCAACACCGAAGUCCCAAUGACCGAAUGGUGGAUGAAGUCGGCAGUGUGGUCAUUCGCCUGACUGACUUCUGCGCCGCGCUCAAGGACGGCACAAUCACCCAGCCUAGCGAGAUCAUUCGCCGGAUUUUGAAUCUGGACGCGGAACUGAUGUCAAUUCUCCUAACGGCUCCUCCGUCAUGGAGUUACAAAACAAUCAAGGUUCCGGUAGUCGACGGAGAGCUCAUUACCAACAUUGUCUGGGGUGAUAGCUACCAUGUGUACCGCAAUCUUUCUGUGAGCGGCGUUUGGAACAACGCUCGCUCAGCUCGACUUCUCAUGCACGAGUUACUUAUUGAUACCGUCAAGUCAAUUGAAGGUUCAUCGCCAGACAACAGCAGUCUCCAUCAGCAGCGCAUCCUAGCCACUCAAAGUCGACAAAUCGGGCAGCAACUCGUGGAUGAUAUCUGUGCCAGUGUGCCAUUCCACAUGGGUAUGGGCAUGGAAGAUGAAUAUGACUGGGAACUCCCUGGACAGCAAACCGGAGGUGAAACAUACGCAUCAUCGACUUGGGAUAAUGCAUCCUCUUCAUUUCCCUCCACAUCUCUACCAUGGUCACCAGCGCCCACAUUCCCAAUCACCGGGAUGAGCUCAUCUUCGGAUACAGAAGCUGGAAACUUUCGAGACUUCAUGGUGAACAUGAGCAUCACGGGUCCAGAGCCUCAACGGGGUUCACCUUUGCCCCCAAACUUCGAGAUAUUCGGAGCCGGCGGCGUCACCCUAGUAUGGCCACUGUUGAUUGCCGCCAACUCUGGAUUUGCGUCUCGAGAUAUGCGCAAGUGGAUUAUCAACUGCUUGGAUAAGAUUGGACAUUCGAUGGGAAUAAAUCAGGCUUUGGCUAUGGCAAAGUUGUUGCGAGAUGGGAUGGAUACUCGGGCUUGGCUGUCGCCUGAAGGUUCGCCGACUCAUGAGACAUGA